AUGUGCUGUAAUGGAGGAAAAGUCGAAUUGCCCAAUUUAAUAGAAGCACCAGAUCCCCUAAAGAUUCUUCUAUUUGGUACCGAUCGAAGAAGCAAGCAUUUCCAAGAACACAUACGGUCGUAUAAUAUGAUGUUCUCAUUCACAUCUAUUGGAGGAAAGAUACAGACUACGAUAAACAGAGGAUCCGGUCCGUACACGUUCCUACUCCAUGGACAAAACUACCAUUUAAUGGGUAGUUUGUUGCCAGAUGAAGGAUCGCGUCCCAAGUUUGCUCAACUUUAUAUAUUUGACACGGAGAAUGAAGUCAAGAAUCGAAUGGAUGCAGUCAGAUCCGGAGACAGUUCCAGCGAAUUGGAUCCUGAGAUUGUUUCUACAUUGAAGGAUAUGGUCGACAGCUCAAAUUUGCUUGCUCAGUCUUACAGAGCUGCCCGGGACAGGCUCGCACAGACAGGAAUGGAAGAUGUCAAAUUGAGACUCAUAAAGAAACGGAGUACGGAUGGCCGUACUUACAAUCUCCCGAACUCCAGUGAAAUCGCGGGACUCAUUGUUGGUGAUUUUGAUACCCAGGAGGGUUAUCCGCUAAUAUUUCUUUACGGCGAGGAUGGUUAUAGUGAUGAUAUACCACUGAGGGAAACAUCAGUGAGUGGUACACGUAUACGCAAGAAGUUAACAAUGCGGCAGUACUUUGCAUAUAGGAUCCAAAAAAGAUUUGGUGACAGCGCGGUUCUGUUGCACUCAAAAAAAUUGUGCCAGCAGUUCAUGGUCGACGCAUUUUCAAUGGUUGAAUCGGAAAGACUGAAAUUCAUAAGAUUUAACCAGGAUAAGUUAAGAGUUGAAAUGUACAAGGGUAUCGAGGAAAGUAUUUUGAAGGGAGAUACGGAUGCUAGAUCCAUUGGCACGAGGGUUAUUCUACCAGGCAGUUUUACCCAAGGUCCAAGAUACAUGUUUAACAACUUCGUCGAUGCUCUUCAAAUAUGCAACUGGAUUGGAUUUCCAUCGUCGUUCAUCACUAUAACCUGCAAUCCACAGUGGCCGGAAAUUCAAAGGGCGUGGAGCGGUACUAAUUUGAGACCUGAAGACCGUCCCGAUAUUCUUGCUCGAGUUUUUAAGAUGAAGCUCGACAGUCUGAUGUCAGAUUUGAAGAAGGGCAAAAUAUUUGGUCGCAUUAGAGCACAUGUUUGCACAAUUGAGUUUCAGAAGCGCGGUCUCCCGCAUGCGCACAUAUUGAUUUGGCUUCACAAUGAAGACAAACCGAAGACAUCAAAAGACAUAGAUAAAAUCAUAUGUGCCGAAAUCCCAGAUAAGGUAAUAGACCGAAAGAUGUACGAUUUGGUUGAGAAGUAUAUGAUUCACGGCCCGUGCGGUCUGGCCAAUCAAAACUCUCCAUGCAUGAAGGACGGGAUUUGCACGAAGCGAUUUCCAAAGAGUUUUGUAAACCGUACUGAGGCAGAUGCAGAUGGUUAUCCGGUGUACAGAAGAAGAGAAAAUGGGAGGACCGUGGUUAAGAAGAAAACAUAUCUCGACAAUGGUUUCGUCGUGCCUUAUAACCGUACUCUACUGAAAAAGUACAGAGCACACAUUAAUGUCGAGUUGUGCAACCAGAAUAAAUCGAUAAAGUAUUUAUUCAAGUAUGUCAACAAAGGACACGAUCGGGUCACGGCGGCAUUUUAUCAAUCAAAUAAUCCAGGUGCAACUCCUGAAUGUCGCGAUGAGAUAAAGAUGUACUACGACUGCCGAUAUCUUUCGGCAUGCGAGGCUGCUUGGAGGUUAUUUAGGUUUGACAUUCACUUUAGAGACCCACCGGUGAUUAGGUUAAGCUUUCAUCUUCCGGACAGUCAGUUUGUAGUGUUCACAGAUAAUGACUCAUUAGUUGAUGUGCUGAACAGACCGACUGCGAAGCAAACGAUGUUCCUUGCUUAG